AUGGAUAUCAUGGAGUGUGAUGUAGAAGACAAUAAUUUCAUUGAGUGGCUCAAACCAUCUACUUCUUCUUCUUCAUCAUCAUCAUCAUCUUUUUCUACCACUCAAAAUGAUCUUGUUCUUGAGACUUUUCAAUUCUUUCCUAUUUUAAAUGCAAAGGCUUCAAAAGAGGAAGAUCAUGAAGUACCAAAAAUGGAGGGUUUUGAUGUGAAAGAAGAAAAUAUUACUGUGGCUUUGCAUAUUGGAUUACCUAACCCUAAAGAACAUCUUGAUGAUGAGAACAAGAUUUUCCAUGUUAAAGAACAAGAGAUUUGUAAGAAAAGUUUUCAAAGGUUUUGGAUACCAACUCCUGCACAGAUUCUCAUUGGACCUAUGCAGUUUGUUUGCUCCAUAUGCAACAAAACCUUCACUAGGUAUAACAACAUGCAGAUGCAUAUGUGGGGGCAUGGAUCUGAAUUUAGGAAAGGACCAGACUCACUUAGAGGAACACAACCAGCUGCAAUGCUAAGACUACCAUGCUAUUGUUGUGCUCAAGGUUGCAAGAACAACAUUAAUCAUCCAAGAGCUAAGCCUUUGAAAGACUUUAGAACUCUCCAAACUCACUACAAAAGAAAACAUGGGACUAAACCUUUUAUGUGUAGGAAAUGUGGGAAAGCAUUUGCUGUCAAAGGGGAUUGGAGGACUCAUGAAAAGAAUUGUGGCAAGUUGUGGUAUUGCUCAUGCGGUUCGGAUUUUAAACACAAGAGAUCUCUCAAAGAUCAUAUUAGAUCUUUCGGAAAGGGUCAUAAUCGACUUCUGAGUCCUGAUGAUCGAGAUUUUUAUGAGGAGAAGGAAUGUGUUACUGUUAUUGGUUCAGAUGAAGAUGGAGUUAUUCCUACAUGA